AGAAACCUACUAUAUCCGGUAGCCGGAGAAACAGCAGGUCACACCUAUAAAACGAAAUCAUUUCGUCCGAGCAACUUCCCCCACAAAAUAGAGGGGCUGCUGCUGCUUCGUUCUUUUGGUGUAUUUUGUUCUAAUCAGUUGCCUUUUACUUGAAAUUGUUGGUCAUGGCGGUGAAGAAAACUUGCUCUCUUUUGUGAAGGUUCUAGAAUUUGAGCUCAUCUUCGCUGAAUCCGACAUCCAGGAUUCUCACCACUUACAGCUUUGGUUAGUUUCGCUACAAUAUGAGUGCGGUGAACAUCACGAAUGUCACCGUGUUAGACAAUCCGGCGUCUUUUUUGACCCCUUUCCAGUUCGAAAUCUCUUACGAGUGCGUUACUCCUCUCGACGAUGAUUUGGAAUGGAAGCUUAUCUAUGUUGGAUCAGCUGAAGAUGAGACAUAUGACCAACUUCUAGAAAGUGUUCUUGUUGGCCCCGUAAAUGUUGGAAAUUACCGCUUUGUCUUGCAGGCGGACCCUCCAGAUCCUUCAAAAAUUCGUGAAGAAGACAUUAUUGGUGUCACUGUGCUCUUGCUGACCUGCUCAUAUGUGGGGCAGGAAUUUGUACGAGUUGGCUACUAUGUGAACAAUGAUUAUGAUGAUGAGCAACUGAGGGAAGAGCCUCCACAAAAAGUCCUAAUUGAUAGGGUUCAAAAAAAUAUAUUAUCAGACAAACCCAGAGUAACAAAGUUCCCUAUUAACUUUCGCCCUGAAAAUAGUGAAAGAGAGGAGCAAGCCCCUCCACCUGAUCACGUGGUUGAAGAAGAUCCAAACGAAGGGCAAUUGCCUUUGCCUAAGAGUAAAUCAGAAGAAGAUGGAGCCUAAUAUGAAGAUGUUUACUUUUUUUUUUCUAAUGUUUUCUGUUUUGGUUUGACAGUAUUGUGCUUUGGAAGGAAUCUCAUCCGGGGUUCUCGUGGAUGAUAUCUGAUCACCAAAGCCCGUCUUUUUUCGCCUCCUCUUCUUGUGAUUUAUGUAUCAAGUCCAGUCACAUUUUGAAGCAGUUAACCAGGCUGGUUUUUAGGGUUCAGAAGCAACUGUAUGUCGUCUAGAUACCAAUUUUGGCUUUAAAAUUUGGUCCAAAUUGGUUGAUAUGCAGACUCUAAUGACCUUAUGGAACUGAUGGUCUUGAUUUUAUUUUUGUGCAUCUGAAGUACAAUCAGCAACGUUAUUAAGCAAGAUAUCUUUUUAUCUAGUGACAUUCUUUGGCAUCCAUCAGUUGAAUCACAUUAAUCAGAAGAGGAAAUUUCCACGAGAUGAUUGCUGGUACAUUCUUCUCCCUCAGCAGUAUGCUAGCAUAGGGACCAGUAAUUCAUGCAAUGUUUAUGUUUCAUUUGAUGCCCCUUUUUUGACGGAAUUGUAAGUGAUAAGACAUAAUUAAGCAGUUGUUGCCUUGUUGGUACAUAAUCAGUAUUCAUGUUGACGUGCUUU